ACAGUCGUUCUUAAGGGUCGGUCGCCACUGCCGCAGCACGCGCACGUCCAGUACACACACCCUUGUCGAUCACGGUCCGCGCCACUAUUAUAAUAUUACUCGACACCCACUCUUAUAAUAAUAUAUUUAACAAUAAAUUACGAUUGUUUUUUUGCGGACGUCUUCCGCACUUGUCCACUGUAUUCCGCCGUACGACAUAACAUUAUUAUCGUAUUAAUAUAGCACAUCUAAUUAUUAUAUUAUAAAUUUAUUCAUUUAUUUUAUAAAUACCUACAACUUAACCGUUUAUCUCCGUGUAUCGAUUGUUUUUUUGUUUCUUUUAUCGCUAUUCUCGGUCCGUUUGAGACGAAAUGUGCCAUACGACGAUUUCCGGUACCGACGACGACGAAAACAUGGACGAGAUCUCUUCGACAUCUCCGCCGCCGACAAACUCCAAGAAACCCGGAAAACUACACAUCGAACCCCGGAAGAUCCGAAAGCCGUUGAUGGAGAAAAAGCGACGGGCAAGAAUAAACCAGAGCCUGGAUGAACUUAAACGAAUCGUAGUGGACGCCGAGAAAUUCGCCGGACAAGACCUCUCCAGAGUGAACAAAUUGGAAAAAGCUGAUAUCCUGGAGAUGACGGUCAGGUACCUGAAACGGAAGUCGACGGCCUCGGUGCCGUCACCGCCACCGCCCGGACCGGAAGUAUACGCGGCUGGAUACAGGCGGUGCAUAGGACAGGUCCAAGAGCUGUUGGCCGAACAGUGGACGGACGAGCGGCGGCUAAUGUCCGGUCAAAGGAUGAUCGAGCACUUGGAGUCGUGCGCGAGGAGGCUGAAUAACGCGCCGGCGAACCGAUUGUCGUCGUCUACGUCUUCACCUUCGGACCAACCGCCAAACACCAAUGUCACCGUCAUGAGCAGUAAUAACGUUUGCUCUUCGUCGUCAUCUUGCUCGUCCGACGAAGAUGAUAGUGGCGCGGCGACGGAGGACCGUACCGCGACAGAGUUACGCCGAGACGCCACCCCCGCAAAGUUGAUGUGGAGGCCUUGGUAGACAACCGCUGACCACAUCACACCUGUUUUCGCGCUCUCGUUUGACAUACGUUAUUCACCAUCGUAAUGUAAUAAUUAUUAAUAAUUGUAUGCCGUUACUGUACCUGUUCUCCAAGACUUUAGUUCGUAAGACAUAUUGUAAAUAUUAAAUAUUGUAUCCCGGCGAUAAUGAUGAUUAUGUUUUUAUAUCUGAAAUAAUAAGACAAUCGAUCGAAUCGUUAUCAUUUCAA